AACAAAGUGAUCCUAUAAGGGUUCCGUUUUUUCCUUUUGAGGUACGGAACCCUAAAAACGAAUAUCUAUUUAAAGUUCUAGGUGCUAUUUAAUGCAACCUUAAUGAUCUACCUACGUUGUCAAAAAUCAGCAACGUACUCACAUCAACGGGACGCGAACAGUCAGUGACGAGAUGGCGGGAAGGAAGGACGCGUUACGAGGGCUUUCGAGCUUUAAGUCUAGAGGACAUCGUUUAGUAGCAUUGGUGCCGCCUCAAAACACUUCUAGAUAUAGAUAGUGGUUCUGAACAUGAAAAUGAAGUCGAAGAUAAUUUGGACCCUGAGCGACCUCCAUUGACUCCAAUUAUUGACAACGUGCUACUACCGAGUGGUGAAAUCAAUUACAAUGCCUUGCCAAGUAUGGCUUCAUUAUUGUCAAUUCCAUCACCAAAUACUUCGUCUAUGGCUAGUCCAUCAACACCAAGAACAACCAGACGUAAGAGGACACUACCAAUACACUCGACGCCAAAUGUAUGAGUAGCAAAAACUGCUAAGAGAACGCUAACUGUGAGUUACAAAUGGAAAAAAGGACAAUUCAGACACAAAGCUGACAUCCAAUCAAACGAUUUCGUCUUUGAUUUACCAGACACCGACUCCCCGUUAGACUUUUUUUAUUUAUUCUUCUCCCCAGAUAUACUCAUUGAUAUCGUCGACAACUCGAACUUGUAUUCAACCCAAAGAACUGGUAAAUGGCAAUUGACCAUCGAGCAGCUGAAAGACUUUCUUGCAAUUCUACUUAUCAUGGGUAUAGUGAAAAUGCCUUCUUAUUUAGACUAUUGGUCUACAGAAUUUAGAUAUACCCAAGUUGCCGACAUCAUGCCAGUAAAACGAUUCGAGCAGAUUCGACGAAACAUCCACUUUGUGGAUAACACUAAUCAGGACGAAGAUCGAUAUUACAAGGUACGACCAUUCAUCGAAAAGAUAAGAAGAAACUGCCUUUCUACGGAAGAAGAAACGAAAUACAGCAUAGAUGAGAUGACCAUUCCAUAUAAGGGUACUAAAGCAGGAAAUCGGAGACAAUACAACCCUAUGAAACCUAGUAAAUGGGGAUUCAAGAACGUCGUACGCGCUGGUGCGUCUGGAAUUGUCUAUGAUUUUCUAUUGUAUGGCGGCGAUGAUACCUUCCGGUAUAUCAAUUUUAGUGAAGAGGAAGAGCAGAUGACACUGGGUGCUAAAAUGGUAUUAGCUCUUUGCAAGACAAUUCAGACUCCAGGAGGUGCUGUUUAUUUCGAUAAUUAUUUCACGACGCUCGACUUGGUCUGGUAUCUACGUGAACACCGAGGGAUUUUCAGUCUCGGAACCAGUCGGCAAAAUAGAUUGAAAGAUUGCACCAAGGGACUUUUGAGUGACAAGGAACUAAAAACAAAAGGCAGAGGUUCAUUUAGUCAAGUCGUUGACAACAAGCGUCCAUCCCCGCUGGAGCCACAGAAGUGACGGGCGUCAUUACUCAUGCGCCAAUUAACCUUUCUAACCAAGAAAUUUAUGAUGCGAUCUCCAGCACCAAAAACGUGGUGCAAAUCAGACGCUUUAUGAGAAAACCUAAAGUUCUUGAUGGUUUUCAGAUGAUUCCCACUUUAACUGUCUCCAUUACCUUUUCCUGCCCAGUCCUGCCCGAAUCAAUAGAUUUAAACAGUUGGCGUUGGCGAGUUUCGAAGUAAAGCAGUAUAUUCCUCCAGUGAAGCAUGCCUGCGAUGCUUAAGGUAUGGCCACAUAGGCAAAUUUUGUAAAAAUUCAGAGCGUUGCUCUAUAUGCGGAGGUAUCCACAGUAUCAAAAGUUGUACCACUGAAACUAAAAACGCGUACAUUGUCAGGGUCAGCAUAUUGCUAUAUCCAGAGAUUGCCCAGUAAAAAUGCAAAAGGUUAAAGAAAACUUAGAUUUAUUUCAAAAAAGAUCAUACAGUUCAGUUGUAAAUGAAAAGUCAUUCCCUCCUUUACAGCCACAGCCCUUAUUCAUAGAAGCUAUAACAUGCCUUGACAUUCCUGUUAAGGAUUUGAUUAGGACUACAUAUUUAGAUUAUGUAUAAUUAUCAUUAAAUUA